AUGUGGCUACAGAGCAUUGGCUUGCAAAGCCAGGAGUUUGAGAUGGGCAAAAUGCAAAGGCCCAUGCUCAGAUGGCAUGUCAACAGUCCCAAUUCUCGCAACAUCACUCCUGAAGUCAAUGAUGACUCUAUACUCAUCAUGGAAGAUCACCUUGGUUGUUCCUGCAACUUGCCAACCCUCCAAAGUAUUGAGAUUAUGGUCAACCUAUGGAAAAAGGACUGGCAGUCUGAAGAUAAGUGGAAUGAGUCGCAUGGGAAACUACUCAGCCAUGCAAGAUGCAAGGGGGGACAUUGGAUGUCCAUUUUCUUUGAGGAGUGCAGUAUACAUGCUUUGGAGGGGCAAGCACUUCUUGAAAUCUGUCUGUAUUAUAGGAUCCCUCGUGUGCAUGCAACACCCCCAGAUCAGGAAUUAGUUGCCAAGGCCGAGAAAUGUUCCACUUGUACUACAGCUGAGAACAGCAAGAUAUUGGCACAAGACGAAUUCAUCUUGUAA